AUGGCACAGCAAGCUCAACUAGGACUUCAAGAUGCAGCCUCCCCUAUUAUAGAAGAACUUAUUCAUUUCCAUGAUCACACUCUAACAGUUGUAUUCUUGAUUAGUGUACUAAUUUUCUACCUCAUUGUUCUAAUAGUUUCUACCCGAUUCAUAAAUAAGCACUCCCUAGACUCUCAAGAAGUAGAAAUUGUAUGAACAGUUUUACCAGCUAUUGUCCUCAUUAUAAUUGCCCUUCCUUCUCUACGCAUUUUAUAUCUUACCGACGAAAUCAGCGACCCACAUUUAACUAUUAAAGCAGUUGGGCACCAAUGAUAUUGAUCCUACGAAUAUACUGAUUAUAAUCAAAUAGAAUUUGACUCUUACAUAACACCAACCAACGAACUAGAACCAGGGGGAAUCCGCCUUCUAGACGUAGACCAUCGCAUUGUAGUACCAAUAGAAUCCCCAAUUCGCAUGUUAAUCACAUCAGAAGAUGUUAUCCACUCCUGAACUAUUCCAUCACUAGGAACUAAAGUAGAUGCAGUCCCAGGCCGACUAAAUCAAGCAACAUUUAUUACAAUCCGACCAGGCCUAUACUUUGGUCAAUGCUCAGAAAUCUGCGGUGCAAACCAUAGUUUUAUACCAAUUGCACUAGAAGCUGUUCCUCUUUCAUAUUUCGAAAGCUGAACUACUGCUGGGGUUAGA